AUGUGUUUGGUUAAAUCGAGUGGCGUUAUCUAUCUAUCUAUCUAUCUAUCUAUCUAUCUAUCUAUCUAUCUAUCUAUCUAUCAAUUUCUAUCUAUCUCUCUAUCUAUCUCUCUAUCUAUCUAUUUCUAUCUAUCUAUCUAUCUAUCUAUAUAUAUAUAUAUAUAUAUAUAUUCUGUUCAAAUCUAUCUAUCUAUCUAUUUAUCUAUCUAUGCCUGUUUAUAUCUAUAUCUAUACAGUAGUCCACCGCUACUGCGCGGGACUUUGAGUCCAAGAUGGCCGACGAGCGUUGGAACUGAAUUGCGAAAUAGAAAGUUUAUAGAUAGAUCUAUCUAUCUAUCUAUCUAUAUAUCUAUCUAUCUAUCUAAAUUUCUUGAUAUCUGUAUAAUUCUUCAAUCUAUUCAUAUCUGUCUAUCUAUCAAACUAUCUAUCGUUGUUCCUCUCUUUACUUAUGUCAGUCUGUUCAUAUCUAUCUAUCUAUCUAUCUAUCUAUCUAUCUAUCUAUCUAUCACUUUCUUUGGUAUAUUUCGGAACCUUCUAUUCUAUCUAUCUAUCUAUCUAUCUAUCUAUCUAUCUGCCUGCUCUUAUCUAUCUCAAUCUUUUCAUAUCUAUCUAUCUAUCUAUCUAUCUAUCUAUCUAUCUAUCUAUCUGCCUGUCGUCUGUAUGUAUGUCUGUCUGUUCUUAUCUAUCUAUCUAUCUAUCUAUCUAUCUCUUCAAAAUAUAUUAGAUUCCUUCACAUGCUUCUGCAUGAUUUUCUCCCUCUUUCCUUUUUCUCCCAAUUUUCAUUUCUCUUUCAUGCAAUAUAUCGCCUCUCUUUUCUGUUUCUCUAUUUCUCUCUCACUCUUUCUCUCUCAGACACAAAUACUCCAAUCUUUACCUCCCAUUCUCAUGACAGAUCCCCUGCACAUUCCCAGCUCCGUCUCUACAAGUCAUCCCAACCUAUACACGAUCCGUUUAAUUGUCUGUUUUUACCUAAUCUAUCUAUCUAUCUAUCUAUCUAUCUAUCUAUCUUCUGUCUCUGAUCAUAUGUAUCUAUGA